CAGCCAACGAAACAGCUGUCAAAGACAAAAACAACAAGAAAACGUUUGUGUUCCAAAAUUUUACGUAAUUUCUAUUGUGAUUUGCCGUUGAUAGCUCGAGAUUGUGUGAAAAGGAAAACAAAUAAAAAUGUCGUUAAUCCGUCAGGCGUUGGCACGCACAGCGCCCACAAUGCAGUUCACGGCACGCCGCUGGGCCUCCUCGCAGGACGGCGGUCCACUUGACCCGAGCACUGCCCUCGCACGUCCCGAAGAACUGGACCAACGCAAUAAACUGAGUGGCAAAAUAACCGUGCCCGUUGAAGUCAAUCUCGGCCCCAUAUCCGGCGUGCCCGAGGAGCAGCUGAAAGAGCGCCGCGUUCGUAUUCAUAUCCCACCCAAAAAUGCGAUGCAGAGUGGAACGGAUAACAUAAAUACAUGGCAAAUCGAGUUUGAUAAUCGCGAGCGCUGGGAAAAUCCUCUCAUGGGCUGGGCAUCAACUGGCGACCCAUUGUCCAAUCUGAAUGUGAAGUUCGGCUCCAAGGAGGAGGCCAUCACAUAUUGCGAGCGCAACGGCUGGCGCUGGUUCGUCGACGGCGAUCUGAAGCCCAAGAAGGAGCGCGUCAAGAACUAUGGCAUCAAUUUCUCAUGGAAUAAGCGCACACGCGUCUCCACCAAGUGAAGCAACGCCAUCCACACGCAAACGCAUGCGAUGCACUUGCUCCAGUUCCGGUUAGCAGAGAACAAUGGCGCUUUAUUAUAAUUUAAUUGCUAUUAAAACUAUUAACAAGU